UCAGGGCUCAGGCCAGCGAGCCAGGAGGCGGAUCCCGGGCAAAAGAUAUAAGGACUCUGUUCACAGAGCGCUGCAGCUGCGAAGUGUCCCUCCCAAAGAGCAGCGGCUGAGGGAAGAAGGACGCCAAAGCCAGUCUGACGCAAGGACGCCUAACCUUCUCCAGCAAGUGCUGCCUCUCUUCCCACUGCACCCUAGGCCCAGCCACCCACAGCCCAGAGCUCAGAUGGAAAGUGUGCAGGAGCUGAUCCCUCUGGCCAAGGAGAUGAUGGCACAGAAGCCCCGAGGAAAGCUAGUGAAGCUAUACGUGCUGGGCAGUGUGCUGGCUCUCUUCGGUGUGGUGCUCGGCCUAGUUGAGACGGUGUGCAGCCCUUUCACAGCCGCCAGCCGUCUGCGCGACCAAGAGGCUGCAGUGGCGGAGCUGCGGGAAGCUUGUGAGCAGCAGUCUCUCCACAAGCAGGCCCUGCUGGCAGGAGGCAAGGCACAGGAGGCGACCCUGUGCAGCCGGGCCCUAUCCCUCAGGCAGCACGCCUCUUAAGGCCGUUGACUGACAGAGAAGGGAGUGAGACACAGAUCAUGACCCAGGUGGGCGAGAGCAGAGUCACAUGCUGUUUCAAGGUGACACCAAAUCCAGAACUGACCCUGCACAGAUCACCUAAGGGGUCUGGGACUGAUUUGCUGCUGUGCAGCACGCAUUGUGAUUUGCCCUAGGCUGUGCGAGCAAUCAAGGAGCUAUCACUUUGCAUUAGAGGAGACAGGCUUUUUAUACAGUUAUUUUUAUUGUUAUUAUUAUUAUUGCAAUGACUAUCAUUUUGCAUUUUGAAAUAAAAACCUUUUAUA